AAUAAAAACAAAGUACGCAGCGCUAAACGCGAAUGAGUUGUGAACGAGAAAAAACAUUUUUACUUACCAAAUUUAUUUACUGAUUCUUCGUUUGUUUUAGAAUUAGGUCGUUUUUUGAAAAUUAUUGUUAAAUUAUUUUCCGCGGAUCUCGACUCAAGCAAAUAAUAUGUCUCAGACCAACCAGGAGGCCAGCGAUAGUGAUGAAUGCCGCUUACCCGCCGACACGAUGCUCAUUCUUCAAGAAUUCUUACGGCAGAAAGAAUUACGCGAGAAGGCCGAAGAAACAGACGAGGGAAGGUUCGAAGAAAAUUGGCAACUGAGCCAAUUCUGGUAUAAUGAAGAGACUAAAGUGAAUCUGACUCGAAUUGUUAGUCAUUUCAAGGCUAUGUUUGAAACGGACGAGUUUCGAGUAGCGCUGCUUUCGUCGCCAUCGCUCUAUCAUCAUGUUAAAAAGGUGGUCAACAACGCGAAUUUCUCAUCUAUUUUACCAGUGACAUUAUUUGAAUUCGACCAACGAUUCGCAUCCAUUGGACAGGAUUUCAAACAUUUUGACUACAACCGGGCGACCGAGCGCGAUUACUUGGAAGAGUUCAGGGAAUCUUUCGAUCUAAUUAUUGCGGAUCCUCCAUUUUUAUCGGAAGAAUGCAUCGAGAAGAUGGGCAGCAUAGUUCAUAAACUUGCUAAACCCAAUUGUCGAAUCGUUCUUUGCUCCGGAUAUGCUGUGCGAGAGUGGGCCAAGAAGUUCCUACAUCUGGACAUUUGCAAAUUCGAACCGCAGCACGAAAGAAACUUAGGCAACGAAUUUGCUUCAUAUGCUAAUUUCGAUAUAGAUAGUUUGUUAGCAGAAAAAGCGUAGUUUUAUUAAUCGGCCAAAACGUUAUAAUGAAUUAAGCUUUCCUUAUGA